AUGGCAAUGGACGAUUCACAUUCAUCUCUGUUCAACCUAGGUAUUCUCGACACUCUCACCCAAGACGAACUUCACGAAAUCCUCGACAGCUACGACGCCUUCUGCAACGCCACACAAUCUCUUCUCGGCGGUGCCGGCGACCUCUCAUACGGUGCUCAAUUUGUUUCCCAUGUUCACACCCUAUUCAUGGAGUUGACUUUAACCGAACAAGAUGCCGCUCAUUGGGUUUACAGAGGUGAAGGUGCUGCUAAUAUUGUUGUCUCAUACACUGGUUCUUCUCCUUCUUACGAAGUGAAUGAGAUUUGGGCUGGUCUGGGUUACUAUCGGAGAGCUCGUUUUCUUUUAGAGGGCGCAAAGAAAAUAGUUGCAGAAGGAGGCAGUAUUCCUAAAACGGCUUCUUUGUUAAGAAAGAUUCCUGGAAUUGGAGACUAUACAUCUGGAGCGAUUGCCUCUAUAGCAUUCAAAGAGGCGGUACCUGUGGUUGAUGGAAAUGUGAUAAGGGUCAUUGCCAGACUAAGGGCUGUUUCUGAAAAUCCGAAAGACUCGGCAAUCAUUAAGAGAUUUUGGGAAAUAGCAGCUCAGUUGGUCGAUCCUCUUCGUCUGGGAGACUUCAAUCAGGCUCUCAUGGAACUUGGUGCAACUGUAUGCACCCCUUUGAACCCAAGUUGUUCCUCGUGUCCAGCAUCCGAAUUUUGUCAUGCGCUAUCAAUCGCUAAACGUGACAUUACAGCAGCGGUUACAGAUUAUCCGAUUAAGGGUGUGAAGGUUAAACAAAGAUCCGAUUUUUCAGCUACAUACCUCGGCGCUGUUAUAAUUGUAGCUGUGGGUUUGGAAUAUUGGGUAGAGGAUAGAAAAGUUGGGGUGGGAAUAGAUUUUUCCAAAAACAGCAAAAAUGCUUUGAAAUGGGCCAUUGUAAAUAUGGCAGAUAAAGGUGAUACUUUUUAUCUCAUUCACAUCAACUCCAAUUCUUCUGAUGAGUCUCGUAAUAAGCUGUUUGCAAAAACUGGUUCACCACUUAUUCCAUUGGAAGAGUUGAAAGAGGCAGGAGUUAUGAAACGAUAUGGUGUGCAAACUGAUGUUGAGGUUAUUGAUCUGCUUGAGAUUGCUGCCACACAGAAAGAGGUGAGCGUUGUUGCAAAAUUGUAUUGGGGUGAUGCAAGGCAGAAACUUAUGGACUCUAUUGAAGAUCUAAAGCUAGAUGCUCUUGUUUUGGGAAGCAGAGGCCUUAGCACAAUCAAAAGGAUAUUGCUGGGAAGUGUAAGCAACUUUGUGAUGGUUCAUUCCCCAUGCCCAGUGACUAUUGUGAAGGAUUAUUCAAGCAGCAGCAGCGACUAG